AUGGCACCUCAGUGUUUCGAUAAGAAGCAGUUCAUCUCUAGAGACGAUGUCUUGAGAUAUCGCGCAGUGACAAAGUUCUUGUCAGUGACCAACGGUUAUGGUCCCUCUGCCCCCGUCGGAUCACCCGAGCAGCGAAAAGGUCCGCCCUACCAUCUCAAUCAGACGCUAUCCCCUACCCAGAAGGCGUAUGUGCAAACUUUGCACUUUACCCAUCUGUUGGUUCGUCAGCAUGAAGUGGUUACCACCACAAUGCUUGAGAAUAAUGAAGACAUUUUGAACGCCAUCAGAAAGCUAUCCAUUGACAACACCGGAUUCCCCGAUCCGCGACAAGGACCUCGCCGUCGCCAAUACCUGCGCUGGAUUCGUCGUUACCGACGUGACGAUCAAACCCUCAGCGACUUGCCGACGAAUGCACUUCCUGGGCAGUUGAAGUGCAAGCUCACCAACCUCGACGGAACAGGGUUCCCCGCCAAUGUCUCUGCUGCGCGGUACUACAUUGACAACAUCCAGGCCACCGUCAAGGGAGCUGGAGGCAGAACGAAGCUACAGACAAGUGUUAGCUGGGGCAAGCACGUUGAUAACACUGUCUGUCUAUUGCGGAGAAUGCGACUAGCCAAAAGAAUGGACGAUCUCAGGCCCGCCGUCAAGAUCUUCCGGAACUACGUGGUCAUUUCAAGUUGCGAGAAGAUGAAUACACGCCUGUUCCGCGGCGUGAAGAAGAGCCGCGUUUCCGGCGCAAUUGCCGCCUUGCAACAGGCAACAACCGAAUCACUCGAUGUCACAGAGCAGCUCAGAAUGAUGGAGAACCGGCGCAAUUUCCACCUGGCCAUCACUUACGAUAUUAGUGCAGUCAAGUCAGAUUCAGCCAAGGAGUCCCCGGUGCCAGCUGUUCAUCCCCUUAGCGCAAAAGACUCAGACGAGGUGAGGAACAUUGUCACGUUCCUGAAGAAAUCUGGCCACGGGCAAGGCCUAGGAAGUUAUCCGCCUCCAGGAAAGGAUUGGUAUAACGUUGAGGGAAGACAAGUCUUCCACGAGAUUCUCAGCCGCCUCUUAAAUGGCUACACUGAGGCAUUGGCCAUGCUGAUCAAGACCAAGAACACUUGCCACAAGGAAAAGACCGCUGUCUUGAAAGGCAAGCAAAACGCACAGGGUCCUGACGCGCAGAUGCUGGACCGUGUAGCCACCAACGUCGUUUUUUUUCUCGUCCACCUUUCUCUUUUUCAGGACAAGUUCGCCAAAAUGGUUGUGAUCAAGGGACAAGAAAAGUCAACGGUGUUACACGAACACCUUCAAUGGGUGGCCGAGAGAUACCGACUGGAGGACGAUCGACACGUGGGUUCCAAGUCGCCCUUGUACCGUGCAUACGACGAAGACACCGUUGAGACGAAGAGCGGGAGUGGCGAAAGCCACGAGAUUGACUCCGAAAAAUCCGAAUUGUCGGAUCUUGAUGCAACGUCUCAGAGGAGCUGGGCGGCUGCUGCUGGCAAAUAUCUCAACCUCUUGACACUGCAUGGUCAAGCCAUGAGAAAUCUCGGCAAGUUCGAUGUCCAGGCAAAGGACGAGGCCAAGAAAAUUGCGUCAGUCAUCAUAACGAAAGGCGGUUUUCGUCUGCUUGAGGUGAUUCCAGAGUACAAGGACCUGGAGAUGGUGUCUAUGAAGGACCUCUUGAGCAUAUUCCCCAUGAAGGACGGCAAGCCCUUACAGAAGAAAGAUCAAAUUCUCAUCAUGAACUGGAUCCAUUACAAGGAGGAAAAGAAGAACGGCGCGAAGCAUGCUACCGACUUCAGAUCAUCAUACUUCGGCGGAACUUGUCAUUGCGAGGUUAGCUUGCUGUGCAUUCAGCUGCUGAACCGCCAAAUGGCCAAUUUGAGAAAGUCCUCGCCGCAGGAAGGGAUUGAGAUUCCCGAGAAAGACAUCAUAGAUCUUUUCUUGAAGACCAUCACGGUAUUGCCUGUCAGCAAGCAUUGCUGCCCGGCUUGCGACAGCCUUGUCGCUUUCUACGCCAACCUGAUCGGCAAACAGAUUCAAUACCCUGGAUCUCACAAGAAUUGGAGCGCAUGCUCACCUCCUCCUUGGAUCCUCAAAGAUGCUGGAUCACACAUGAUGAAGAUAGCCACUGAGGCUCUCCGCGAGCGUCUGAGUUGGAUCCUGGAGCAGAUCAACAGAAAGCCGACUGAUCCUUCGCCCACUCCGUCGUCCUCCGAGGUCAAGAGCCCCGAGGGUGAGAGUAUGGCGGGCGAGUCGGACGCGGAGUCUGGUUUGGCCGAGCAGUCCAUGUUGGAGAACAGCGAGUAUACCGUUUUCGACUUCUAA